GCCCGCAGCCGCCCCCCCGCUCGGGAGCAUCCCGCCAGCGCUUCGCCGCGGAGGCACCGCCGGCCCUUGGGAUUAAAAUACUCACGGCGCUGGGCAGCGCAGGGAAAGGGGGAGCAGGUACCCAUUACACCAUUUCUUUGGUGAAGGCUAUUCAGCAGUGGUGACAUCUUCCUAUCGACCAGUCUGCAAAUUAUUAUCUCUGGACUCCCAGCUGACACCCUGCCGAAGGCUAAAGCUACUGAGACAACUGGAAUUGUGCCUGCUUUGGUCAAGGUUUUUUCUUUCACCGAGGAAAAUUAAAAAAAAAAAAAAAAAAAGAUGAAGUUGGGCAAAGUGGAGUUUUGCCAUUUUCUUCAGAUGCUAGCUCUUUUCCUGUGUCUUUCUGGGAUGAAUCAAGCAGAGCUCACAAGGUCCAGGUCAAAGCCCUAUUUUCAAUCAGGGAGGACGAGAACCAAACGCAGCUGGGUGUGGAAUCAGUUCUUUGUGCUGGAAGAAUACAUGGGUACAGACCCACUCUAUGUAGGAAAGCUUCACUCUGAUGUUGAUAAAGGAGAUGGUUCCAUCAAAUACAUCUUGUCAGGCGAAGGGGCAAGUUCCAUUUUCAUUAUUGAUGAGAACACGGGGGAUAUUCAUGCUACAAAGAGGCUGGAUCGAGAGGAGCAGGCCUACUACACGCUCCGAGCACAAGCACUAGAUAGGCUCACUAAUAAACCCGUGGAGCCAGAGUCUGAGUUCGUCAUUAAGAUUCAGGACAUCAAUGACAAUGAGCCAAAAUUUCUGGAUGGCCCCUACACUGCUGGAGUUCCUGAGAUGUCUCCUGUGGGUACCUCUGUGGUUCAAGUGACUGCCACGGAUGCAGAUGAUCCUACUUACGGCAACAGUGCUCGUGUGGUUUACAGCAUAUUGCAAGGACAGCCUUACUUCUCUGUGGAGCCCAAAACAGGUGUUAUCAAGACUGCUCUUCCAAAUAUGGACAGAGAAGCUAAGGACCAGUACCUCUUAGUUAUCCAGGCAAAGGACAUGGUUGGGCAGAAUGGGGGAUUGUCAGGGACUACAUCUGUCACUGUCACCCUGACUGAUGUUAAUGACAACCCGCCCCGCUUUCCACGCAGAUCAUAUCAAUAUAACGUUCCAGAGUCUUUGCCAGUGGCUUCUGUGGUGGCCAGAAUAAAAGCUGCAGAUGCAGAUGUUGGACCAAAUGCAGAAAUGGAGUACAAGAUUGUGGAUGGUGAUGGUUUGGGAGUAUUCAAAAUUUCUGUUGAUAAAGACACCCAGGAGGGAAUCAUAACUAUUCAGAAGGAGCUGGAUUUUGAAGCUAAGACAAGCUAUACCUUGAGGAUAGAAGCAGCCAAUAUGCAUGUUGACCCUCGUUUCCUGAGUCUGGGGCCGUUCAGUGAUAUGACCACAGUGAAGAUAAUUGUAGAAGAUGUUGAUGAGCCGCCUGUGUUCACUUCACGUCUGUACUCCAUGGUGGUGUCUGAAGCAGCAAAGGUUGGCACUAUCAUUGGAACUGUAGCAGCCCAUGAUCCAGAUGCUUCAAAUAGCCCUGUCAGGUAUUCAAUAGAUCGAAACACAGACCUGGAAAGGUAUUUCAAUAUUGAUGCCAACAGUGGAGUCAUUACAACUGCCAAAUCUUUGGACAGAGAAACUAAUGCUGUUCAUAAUAUCACAGUUUUGGCCAUGGAAAGUCAGAAUCCAGCACAGAUUGGAAGAGGUUACGUAGCCAUCACAAUUCUUGACAUCAAUGACAAUGCCCCUGAGUUUGCCAUGGAGUAUGAGACAACUGUCUGUGAAAAUGCUCAGCCUGGUCAGGUGAUCCAAAAAAUUAGCGCAAUUGAUAAGGAUGAUCCACCAAAUGGCCAUCAAUUCUACUUCAGUUUAACAGCAGAGGCAGCAAAUAAUCACAAUUUUACAUUGCAGGACAACAAAGAUAAUACUGCGACAGUAUUAACCAAAAGAAAUGGUUUUCGAAGACAGGAACAGUCUGUUUUCUACUUGCCAAUAUUCAUAGUGGACAGCGGAUCACCUUCGCUUAGUAGCACUAAUACUCUCACCAUCAGGGUCUGUGACUGUGAUGCAGAUGGUAUUGCUCAGACAUGCAAUGCAGAAGCAUAUAUCUUGCCUGCAGGACUUAGCACUGGAGCCCUGAUAGCAAUAUUGGCUUGUGUCUUGACACUGCUAGUUCUUGUCUUGCUGAUUGUCACCAUGAGGCGACGGAAAAAAGAGCCCCUCAUUUUUGAUGAAGAGAGAGAUAUCAGAGAAAACAUUGUCAGGUAUGAUGAUGAGGGUGGUGGAGAAGAAGACACUGAGGCUUUUGACAUGGCUGCCUUGAGGAACCUCAACAUCAUGCGCGACACCAAGACCAGAAGGGAUGUGACCCCUGAGAUUCAGUUCUUGAGCAGACCAACUUUUAAAAGUAUCCCAGAUAACGUCAUUUUUAGGGAAUUUAUCUGGGAAAGAUUGAAAGAAGCUGACGUGGACCCCUGCGCACCACCCUACGACUCCCUGCAGACGUACGCAUUUGAGGGGAACGGCUCGGUGGCAGAGUCGCUCAGCUCUUUAGAUUCCAUCAGCUCAAACUCUGACCAGAACUACGAUUACCUCAGUGACUGGGGCCCUCGUUUUAAAAGGCUUGCGGAUAUGUAUGGGACCGGACCAGAUUGCUUAUACUCCUAGCCUUGAAUCCUUUCUCUGAAAAUGCACUGAAGAAUAUUAAAACAGAAAACUCAACCUAACAGACUGAGGAAAGUUGUAAAUAUUUCUCCAUUUUUAAAGUUUUAGGUUUUUUUGUUGCUUUUUUUUUUUUUUUUUUUUUUUGCCUUGGUGGAACAUAUCUUCAUUAGACUUGUCCUAGGGACUGCACUGACCACACAGAAUAUGAGCAUUUGGUGGCAUUUUUGAUAAAACAAAAUGCUCAGCCACGUUUAAAUAGAUAGCAAACCUCAAAUAUCUGCAGAGGCAACUCACUUUCAAGAGUAUGUGAUUAAAAUCCAAUAAAAUGAUAAAUGUGGAGUUGUAGUCUUAUGGCUGGGAAGCUUUGUGAUGCCCAUGUAGGCAUAGAGAAGGUGUUGCUAUCUAUUUGCUAUUUUUUAUUCUCUCUUCUGAUUUGUACAGGAGAAUUUAUCCUUUUAUCCUUUUUUAUUAUCGUUUGACAUAAAGUGUUAUAUUUAUUUUGGAACUCCAAUCUCCACUAAAUUCAGGUCCAUUUUACUGCCUCAUGGUUUUAGACUUGUCAGAACAUGCUGAUUUUUCUCCAGUCUCAGAUAAAUGUAGGAAAUGAAGCAUGGAAGCGGAGAAAUUGCAGUAAACAAUGCCACCCACCAUUCAUCCCACAGAAAGGAGAACAGCUCCAAGGAUGUGCAGUUGUUCUUCUGAGCCAUUACAAAGUCUGUGACAUUUAAAGAAAACAUUUGUACAUUUAAUUUUUUGAAAGAUGACUGCAGAGGUAGCUGGGAGUGUCAUGAAUGCAAGAUUUAAUUUUCGAGGUUAAACAUGCUAUAUGCUUCAAAGACUGUAAACACCUUGCUUUUCUCCUUCCCCUUCUCUUUUGCUGCUGAUGAAUCAUAGUAAAAGGUUUUUCAAUUUUUUUCUUAUGUUAAGCAAUGUAAUACUAUUAACUUCAGAAGUCAUCCUUAGAUCCUGUUCCACAUAAGUAUUAUUUCCCCAGGGUGUUAACUCAUUACAUAAUUUCUAUGCUGGUUCAGGAGUGCCAAAACAAAAGGAAAACUAUUGUUGGUUAAUAAACUGUAUGAUUUUGAAGUAGGAUUUCUUAGAAUAAGAUAACUUUUUUAUGAUUCUGACAAUAUUUAUACUUCAUCUUUCAUGAUUUAUUACUAGAUAAUAAGGCAUAUAUUCAAGUAAAAUAGUGGGUUUAGGUAUUAUUUCAGAUUUUUGUUUGCUUUAGAGAAAAUGUAGAUGAGUUCCUAAAUUAGAGUCUGUUCCUGCAAACUUUUUGCUUGUACCUAAUUUGAAAUGACUUGACCUGUCUUCAGUUAUUGAGAGGUACACAGAAUUGUUUACAGAACUGUGUUUGUGAACAGAAGGUGCUCCACAGAGGUUGAUGCUCACUGUAAAAGUACUUAUUUCUGAGAGAAGGAUCAUUGUACUGAAAUCCUAAUAUAUGAAUAAUGUGAGGCUGGGGGAUGGGAAAUUAUAAUUAAGGCUUUGUGAUUUUUGCAGCCCAGCAUUAUCAAUUAACUAUGUGAAAGUGGCCUUCAGCUCCAAGAGAAAAGAAAAAAGAAUUAAUCAUCUACAACAUACUUAAUUUGAGUUGCAUUUUAAUAGACAAUCAUUGUUUCAUAAUUCACUAGAUUUGCUUCUAGUUGUAUGAAAUAUAUAUAUAUCUAGGCAUAUAUAUAUAUAUGACAGAUUUUGUAAUGGAACUGACAGAUAUCGUCCAUGAAUUUUAGUCAUACAUGUAAGAUUUUCAAUAAAAAUAUUAAAAAAUAGGAAAAAAAAAGAACCAUGUGUAUGCAGUUUAAUGAGAGCAAGAUAUGCUGCAGAAUUUAAGCAGGUAUUAAAUCAGCAAGGUUCUGAGAGAAGAGUUUUUCAUUAAUCUCCUUGUUCUUUGUGGGAAAAUAAUUCAUGAAUCUGGAUUAAGACGCCAAAAACGCUGAUUUUAGCACAUAACGUUCACAGGAGAUGUAAAUGUGGUUUAGAGUAAACAGCUCAAUUUCCUUGGUUUUCCAACUUCUGUAUCUAAAAAACUGAAAAACCUCCACUAUCAGGCAACUGUGUUAGGGUGGGGUUUUUUUGGUAUGCUUUCUACAGAAAACAAACAAACAAACAAACAAACAAACAAACAAACCAAAUAAAACAAAGUUUUAUUCUGAUACCGUAAAAAUUCUCACAGAUAUAUGUUUCCAGUUGCACUGUUCUAAUUUAAUUGUUUCCUGUUACGUUCUACAUGCUGACCUACGGAUUGUAUUGUUGCAGUAAGAAAGGAAAGUGGAAAUCCCCUAUGUCUGAUGACAGAUAUUACUAUAGCAUAUGCAUAAGGGUGUGAAUAAUCUACAUACUGUAUAAUGCUCACCAAAUAUUAUGAUGUCUAUAUGUUUUACAAUUUGUUACAUGAUUCAAAUUCUUUCACUCAUAUGUUGCAUAGCUGGAUGGCAUAAAGUAUAUUCUACUGACUAAAUAAUAUAAAAUGAAAAAAUACUUUCUCUGUCCUGGAAAGGUAAUCAAAUUAUUUGGGCAAAUUAAUUAGAGCAGCCCUUUAAAAAAACUUCCAAUCAAAUUAAUUUAUUAAACUUGCUGAAGAUCUUCAGUAUCUAACUAGAGGCCACAAAUCCUAGAUAAAAAAUAUGUCAAAUAUUGCAAUCACUUCCAUCCUACAGUAGAAAAACAUGUCUUUUCUUCUGCCAUAUACCAAUUGAAUAGGCUUAUUUUAAAUUGAGUUUUCCAAGAAUCUUGAAAAGUACAGUUUUAAGAGCGCUACUAAAAUACCCCUACAUAAAACUAAGCUGUUCAAAGAAGACUUAAGGUAAAGACUUCUUUUUCUGUUUUGACCACUGUGAAAUCUACUGAAUUCAACAGAGCCAAACAAUGGACAUUCUGAUUAAAAUUCCUUGUUCAAAGAAUCAGCUCAGUGUAAUUUAGGUUAUAUUCCCACUAAGACACAGCACAAGCCUUCCUAAGUCUUCUAGUUCUACUGGCUGCUUAGUACAAUCAUGGCAGGACUCAUAAACUUUGAUGGCAUCAACUGAAAUUUCUCCUACUCUCUAAAAAUUAAAAGAGAAAAAAAUCCAACUUCAUUUUUACUCUUUCUUUUAUUUGUUGUUUUGAAAGGGAGAGGGAUGAUUCAUCACAAUGUUCCUUUUUCAGUUAAGGUCUUUUCUCAUUUUUUUCCUGUUUACCAUUCAAGUGCUAGCAAUAAUUAAUAAAAAUAUUUCCUAUAAUUUUAUUCUUUUGGAGAUUUUGGAGAAAAGUAUGUUAUAAAAUUUAAAAUUUCAGCAUCUUAUUUUUAUGGACAAAUACUCUUGUAUGAUAUAAAGAAAGUCGUAGCUUGUCAUUUUGAAAAGGAAAUAAAUAUAAAUAUAAAUAAAGCAUACAAUUACUUUGGCUUUUAAGAUCCUUAAAGAGUUGAAAGGUGAACACAAUUAACUAAAUCAAAUCCAGUAUUAAAUUCUUGGUUGCAGUCCAUCAUGUGUAGGAUUUUAAUUUUUUACACAUAGAUUUUUUUGUGUACUAUGUAGAGUAUGUCUACUCUAUAUAGAGUAAUACUACUUUGAGGGAUCAUUGUCUUUACUUCAUUAGCAGUAGAAGGGGUUGAGUAUAUUUUCAGUGGUCUGUGAAUCUCAAAGUGAAUUGCUAAAGAUAGAAAUGCCACUUUAUUGGCAGAAAUGGGGAAGUCUACAAGAUACUAAGAGCUCUACAAAUUGCUUUCUUUACUAUGCCAUCCUUAAGUUUGCCAGAUCUGCAUCUAAGUUUUUCAAAUACAUCCUAAGAUAUAUUUUCAUCCCAGAAUGAUUCCUUCGACACAAAAAUUAUUCUUCAGUUCAUUUUUAAUGCAGCUAAAAAUGUAUUUUAGUGUUCACUGAUUCUUUUUAAAAUAGAUUUCUUCCUUAACUUUUGUUCUUUGAAUGAGGCAAAUCUCAGUACACAAUAUAAUCUAUUUUCUACAUGAAAUCUACAAAACAUAAGUUCUACUUUGCUACUAUAAUUUACCUUCUUUUGCAAAAGAAAGAAAAAAUAUUUCCCUAUGGUACAUAAAAUCUAAGAAACCUUAGACCAUACAAUUGCCCACAGAAAUAUAUUGGUUGAAAAAACUUGAUUCACCUCAUCAUUAUACGACAACGGGCUGUAAUGGAAUCUUUAUGUGAAGUCUUAUAUAUCUAAUCAAACAUAAUGAAAGAAUAAAUCAGCAUAAGAAUUUUCUGGAAAUCAGAAGAAAAUCUAAUUUGAGGUCACAGUAGUGUGUUGCAAAUGCUUUCCAUAUGUGAACACAUAUGAUCUAAAAUUAUAUGUAUAUUUAAACAUUCCACUCCCAAAAUAUUUCUUUUAAAUUAUUUUUUUUUAAAUCACAGAGUAAAAAGGUAAUCCUAUUCUCAAAAACUUUGCUUAUCCCCACCAAUGACUGAGGUAGAAAAAUGUAAUUUACUCAGGCAAAACUUUUAACAUUACUCGCACAAUAAAAUCCAAUUGGUGUCAUGUUUUGACCCAAGGUGGUUUAGAAGCUGUUAGAAGUGCAUCAAGGACAGAGAUUUCUGUAAAUUUUUAAGAAAUAGUAUCAGAUUGAAAUUGCCAUUCCUAGAAAUUAUGUAAGGUGAAAUGGAAUUUAAUAUUUGGAUGAUUAACAAAGGUCAUAAACCUGUUGUGCUGAAUGUUGAACCACUACUAAAAAAACCUCAAGGAUUUUACUUUCUUCUUCUAUUCACCAGUAUCUUGGUCAAAGUCAGAAUUUCAUUGUCCACCAAAGCAAAAUCAUGUUGAGUCUAAGGUGAACACAGUAGGUAAUUAGAUCUUGUCUCUUCCUCACAAAGGCUAAAAGACUGUUUACCUUUACAUUCUAUUCACAUAUUCUUUUCUGUUUUUAUCUUGACUGCCUAGGUCAUUCUACCUGAGACCUGUGAAGUUGUUGUGGUUUGUGGGGGAGUGGGUGAGGUUUGUUUGUUUAUGUUUUUAUUAAUGUUAAAAUUGGUAUUCUUGGAGAAAUGCUUAUGUUUGAAUGAGGUAACCAUUUUCAUUGAUUGUUUUGGCUUUGUUUUUCUUUGGUCAAAAACAUACCAGCCAUGUAUAUCCUGACUUUUCUUCUAUUUUUACUCCAAACCCACGAUCUUCUGUACUGUUAAAAGCAAAAAGGAAAUCCUGAGUUGUUCCUCUCUUUGAUGUCAAGAAGCUAUAAAGGAAAAGAUGAA